AUGUUUAUAUCUAGUGAUUUAAAGUCCUCCCUCCUGCCUUUAACUGCAAAUUUAGAAGCAGUGGCGGUUCCUACUUGGUGUCCAAACAAAAUUACUAUUUGCAGCAUAUACAUUCCUCCUCCUCCUGACCAUCCCCUCAACGAAAAAGAGUUAGUCGACUUAAUAUUUCAACUUCCCCAUCCGUACCUUCUUGUUGGUGACUUUAAUGCCCAUAACAUAAUUUGGGGCUCACCCCAUACUUUUGGUAAAGGCAAAGUUAUAGAAAACGUUCUAAAUUGUUCAGAUACCUUUCUGUUAAAUACUGGAUCCGAAACCCACUUUAAUAUUUCAUCAGGUUCAUUCUCAGCCAUUGAUCUUAGCCUUUGUGAUCCCAAAAUUGCACCUUCUCUCUCCUGGGAAGUUUUUGAUGAUCUUCAUGAUAGCAACCACUUUCCCAUCAUUAUAUCUAGCUCCUCCUAUAAGGAAACCACUACUAGAAAUUUCUGGAACAUUAAAAACGCUAAUUGGUCAGAAUUUACUUCAACAACCGAUAUAUUAUUAUCUUCCUUAACUAUUUCUGAGGAACAUAACUCUAAAUAUUUUUAA